UGUCCUGGCAGUCGUUUCCCCACUCCUCAGCGCGAGCCAUGUGGGAUGGAAAGGCGGUGACGGUCUGAGAGACAGGCGGGAGACGAGGGGGUGAGAAACAGGAGGGAAGGUGCGGCGGCACGGGACUAUUUGAGAAGACCCUGGCGGAACUUGCGAGGAGCGGAGUGAUCCCACCUUCGAAGUGAGCGGCCCCGCGAGGCAGAAAAGGGCAGCGGGGCGCAUUCUCUGUCAGGAUACUGCGCCUGCGUCGCCCUUCGUUUCCAUUUCUUCCCCCUCCCCUUCCCAGCUCUGUCCCCCUGCGCUUCUCCUCGCCUUGUGCGGGGUGCAGCUGUGCCCUCUCAUCCGCUUUAUUUCCAUCUCUUGUUCCUCGCACCCAUCCCCGGAGAGUUUUCCCCUAGCCAUGGCUCAGAUCCUGCCUAUUCGUUUCCAGGAGCACUUCCAGCUCCAAAAUUUGGGCAUUAACCCAGCAAACAUUGGAUUCAGCACCCUAACAAUGGAAUCUGACAAGUUCAUUUGCAUCAGGGAGAAAGUGGGAGAGCAGGCACAAGUAGUAAUAAUUGACAUGAGUGAUCCAACAUCACCUAUCAGACGUCCAAUUUCUGCUGAAAGUGCCAUCAUGAAUCCAGCCUCUAAAGUAAUUGCACUAAAAGCUGGAAAAACACUACAGAUUUUUAACAUUGAAAUGAAAAGUAAAAUGAAAGCCCACGCUAUGGCAGAGGAGGUGAUCUUUUGGAAAUGGAUAUCUGUGAAUACAGUUGCCUUGGUGACAGAGACAGCAGUCUACCACUGGAGCAUGGAGGGAGAAUCUCAGCCCCAAAAGAUGUUUGACAGGCAUGCUAGUCUUGCAGGCUGCCAAAUCAUCAAUUACAGAACUGAUGAACAUCAAAAAUGGCUGUUACUGAUAGGAAUUUCAGCGCAGCAAAAUCGCGUGGUUGGUGCAAUGCAGCUCUACUCUGUUGAUAGAAAAGUCUCCCAACCUAUAGAGGGCCAUGCAGCAGCUUUUGCAGAAUUCAAAAUAGAUGGAAAUGCCAAACCUUCCACCCUCUUUUGUUUUGCUGUGAGGAGUCCUGCAGGAGGCAAGCUUCACAUAAUUGAAGUGGGUCAACCAGCUACUGGAAAUCAGCCAUUUGUUAAGAAAGCUGUUGAUGUGUUUUUCCCACCUGAGGCACAGACAGACUUUCCUGUGGCAAUGCAGAUUGGAAUUAAGCAUGGUGUUAUCUACCUGAUCACAAAGUAUGGAUAUAUUCACCUGUAUGACUUGGAGUCUGGAGUUUGCAUCUACAUGAACCGUAUUAGCGCCGACACUAUUUUUGUCACAGCUUCUCAUGAACCUACCUCAGGCAUUAUUGGUGUCAACAAAAAAGGACAGGUGCUUUCUGUAUGUGUCGAAGAAGACAACAUUGUGAACUAUGCCACAAAUGUUCUCCAGAAUCCUGACUUGGGUCUGCGUAUGGCUAUACGUAGUAAUCUUGCUGGUGCAGAGGAAUUAUUUGCCAGAAAGUUUAACACACUGUUUGCUCAAGGAAGCUAUGCAGAUGCUGCUAAAGUAGCUGCAUCUGCACCAAAGGGAAUUCUACGUACCAGUGAUACAAUCAGGAAGUUCCAGAGUGUACCAGCUCAGCCAGGGCAUGCCUCUCCACUGCUCCAGUACUUUGGAAUAUUGCUUGACCAAGGACAGCUGAACAAGUUUGAGUCUCUGGAGCUCUGUCGCCCUGUUCUACAGCAAGGCCGCAAGCAGCUUCUGGAGAAAUGGCUGAAGGAAGACAAGCUGGAGUGUUCAGAGGAGCUGGGAGACUUGGUGAAGACAGCUGACCCAACCCUUGCACUCAGUGUCUACCUUCGCGCUAAUGUGCCAAACAAAGUGAUUCAGUGCUUUGCUGAAACUGGUCAAUUCCAGAAAAUAGUACUGUAUGCUAAAAAGGUUGGCUAUACCCCAGACUGGAUCUUCUUGCUGAGAAGCGUGAUGAGAGUCAGUCCUGAGCAGGGCCUGCAGUUCUCUCAGAUGCUGGUACAGGACGAGGAGCCACUGGCUAACAUUAACCAGAUUGUGGAUGUAUUCAUGGAGAACAGUCUUAUUCAGCAAUGCACAUCCUUUCUAUUGGAUGCUUUGAAAAAUAACUGUCCAGCAGAAGGCCACCUUCAGACUCGUCUGCUGGAAAUGAAUUUGAUUCAUGCCCCACAGGUUGCAGAUGCCAUCCUUGGAAACCAAAUGUUUACACACUAUGAUCGUGCUCAUAUUGCCCAGUUAUGUGAAAAGGCAGGCUUGCUCCAGCGAGCUUUGGAACACUACACUGAUCUCUAUGAUAUUAAACGUGCUGUUGUUCAUACGCAUCUCUUGAAUCCUGAGUGGCUUGUGAAUUUCUUUGGCUCUCUCUCUGUUGAAGACUCUGUAGAGUGCUUGCGUGCUAUGCUGUCAGCCAACAUUAGGCAAAACUUACAACUCUGUGUACAGGUUGCUUCUAAGUAUCAUGAGCAGCUUGGCACCCAGUCUCUUGUGGAGCUUUUUGAAUCUUUCAAAAGCUAUGAAGGACUGUUCUAUUUCUUGGGUUCCAUUGUAAACUUCAGCCAGGAUCCAGAUGUUCACUUCAAAUAUAUCCAGGCAGCUUGCAAAACUGGUCAGAUAAAGGAAGUAGAAAGAAUCUGCCGUGAAAGUAACUGCUAUAACCCAGAACGGGUGAAGAACUUUCUGAAGGAGGCAAAGCUAACAGACCAGCUUCCUCUGAUCAUUGUCUGUGAUCGAUUCGACUUUGUUCAUGACCUGGUGCUCUACUUAUACCGCAAUAGUCUGCAGAAGUAUAUAGAGAUCUAUGUGCAGAAGGUGAACCCCAGCCGCAUACCAGCAGUAGUUGGAGGGCUUCUUGAUGUGGAUUGUUCUGAAGAUGUCAUUAAGAAUUUGAUCAUGGUGGUUAGAGGCCAGUUCUCAACAGAUGAGCUGGUGGCUGAAGUGGAAAAAAGAAAUCGGCUUAAAUUGCUGUUGCCAUGGCUUGAAUCAAGGAUUCAUGAAGGCUGUGAAGAACCUGCGACUCAUAAUGCAUUGGCCAAAAUCUACAUUGACAGUAAUAAUAAUCCAGAGCGGUUCCUUCGUGAGAAUCCAUACUAUGACAGUCGUGUAGUUGGCAAAUACUGUGAAAAGAGAGACCCUCAUCUGGCCUGCGUUGCAUAUGAGAGGGGCCAGUGUGAUCUGGAACUCAUAAAGGUAUGCAAUGAGAACUCACUAUUUAAAAGUGAGGCUCGCUAUCUAGUACGCAGGAAGGACCCUGAUCUCUGGGCAAAUGUUCUAGAAGAAAACAACCCAUUCAGGCGACAGCUUAUUGACCAAGUUGUCCAAACAGCUUUAUCAGAGACACAGGAUCCAGAGGAGGUUUCUGUCACAGUGAAAGCUUUCAUGACUGCAGACCUUCCAAAUGAAUUAAUUGAGUUACUGGAAAAAAUUGUCUUGGAUAAUUCUGUAUUCAGUGAACACAGGAAUCUCCAGAAUCUGCUGAUCCUAACUGCCAUUAAAGCCGACCGCACUCGUGUAAUGGAGUACAUUAAUCGACUGGAUAACUAUGAUGCUCCAGAUAUUGCAAACAUUGCCAUCAGUAACGAGCUGUAUGAAGAAGCCUUUGCUAUAUUCAGGAAAUUUGAUGUUAAUACUUCAGCAGUUCAGGUGCUGAUUGAGCACAUUGGGAAUUUAGACCGUGCUUAUGAAUUUGCAGAGAGAUGUAAUGAACCAUCAGUAUGGAGCCAGCUAGCCAGAGCACAGUUGCAGAAAGACUUGGUAAAAGAAGCCAUUGACUCUUACAUAAAGGCAGACGAUCCAUCUGCCUACAUGGAGGUUGUUCAAGCAGCUAAUAGAAACGAUAACUGGGAGGACCUAGUCAAGUUCUUGCAGAUGGCCAGGAAGAAGGCUAGAGAGUCUUAUGUAGAGACAGAACUUAUUUUUGCCUUUGCGAAAACUAAUCGUCUCUCAGAACUGGAGGAAUUUAUUAGCGGCCCUAAUAAUGCCCAUAUACAGCAGGUUGGUGAUCGUUGUUAUGAAGAGGAUAUGUAUGAAGCAGCAAAACUACUUUAUAACAAUGUAUCUAACUUUGCUCGCUUGGCAUCUACCUUGGUGCACCUUGGAGAAUAUCAGGCAGCGGUGGACAGUGGCCGCAAAGCCAACAGCACAAGGACUUGGAAGGAGGUAUGUUUUGCCUGUGUGGAUGGAGGAGAAUUCCGCUUGGCACAGAUAUGUGGCUUGCACAUAGUCAUCCAUGCUGAUGAACUUGAAGAGCUGAUUAGUUAUUAUCAGGAUCGUGGCUACUUUGAAGAAUUGAUUGCCCUUCUGGAAGCUGCUUUGGGCCUAGAGCGUGCUCACAUGGGAAUGUUUACUGAACUCGCCAUCUUAUACUCCAAAUUUAAGCCCCAGAAAAUGAGGGAACAUCUGGAGCUCUUCUGGUCUAGAGUUAAUAUUCCAAAGGUGCUCAGAGCUGCAGAACAGGCUCAUCUCUGGGCAGAGCUUGUAUUCCUCUAUGACAAAUAUGAGGAGUAUGACAAUGCAAUAAUUACUAUGAUGAAUCAUCCUACCGAUGCCUGGAAGGAAGGACAGUUUAAAGACAUAGUUGCCAAGGUGGCGAAUGUGGAGCUGUAUUACAAAGCCUUGCAGUUCUACUUAGACUACAAACCUCUGCUGAUCAAUGAUCUUCUGCUUGUAUUAUCCCCACGACUGGAUCACACCAGGACAGUCAAUUUUUUCUCGAAGGUUAAUCAGCUGCUACUAGUAAAGCCUUAUUUGCGUUCAGUGCAGAACCACAAUAAUAAAGGAGUUAAUGAAGCUCUAAACAACCUUUUAACACAGGAGGAGGACUAUCAGGGUUUGAGAGCUUCCAUUGAUGCCUAUGACAACUUUGAUAACAUAGCUUUGGCUCAGCGUCUGGAAAAGCAUGAGCUCAUUGAAUUUAGGCGUAUUGCAGCAUACUUGUAUAAGGGUAACAACCGCUGGAAGCAGAGUGUGGAGCUAUGCAAGAAAGACCAUCUGUAUAAGGAUGCAAUGCAGUAUGCUGCAGAAUCCAAAGAUAUAGAACUAGCAGAAAAGCUGCUUCAGUGGUUUCUGGAAGAAGGCAAGCAGGAAUGUUUUGCAGCCUGCCUUUUCACAUGUUACGACUUGCUGCACCCAGAUGUAGUCCUUGAAUUGGCAUGGAGGCAUAAUAUCAUGGACUUUGCAAUGCCUUAUUUCAUCCAAGUCAUGAGAGAAUACCUCACCAAAGUUGAUGAGCUGCUCUAUAAGGUGGAUAAUCUUGAUGCUUCUGAAAGUCUAAGGAAAGAAGAGGAGCAAGUAACUGAACCUACUCCAAUAGUAUUUGGUAUACAAAAGCAGCCAAAAAAAAAUGUAGCUGUCCUCAAGUGUGCUGCUGUUUUAGAAGCCCUUCUGAAGAGGCAUUCUGCUAACAAGCAUCUAGAAGUGGCUGGCCAGCAGUUGAUGUUAACAGCAGGCCCCAGUGCAGUACCUCCCCAGACAAACUUUCCAUAUGGAUACACAGCACCAGGAUUCACCCAGCCACCUGUUUAUGGUUUCAAUAUGUAACUAGUUCUCUGACAGACAGACCUUCACUGUCUCUUCUUUCUUCACUUCCCUUUUUAACUUCUCUAAGGAGUGUACGAUGGUCCUAAAGGCACAGAUGACCUUCUGUUGUCUUAACACACUAGCUGCCCUGCUCAGUGAGGAGACUUCAACAGGAUGCCUGUUACUGUUAUUUAUUGAUUACUGUCCGAUUACAUUUCAGCCUCUGAAAGGCAGCUUUUGUUAAUGACAUUGUGAGAUUCUUGUCUGAAGUUAAGGCACUGCUUCACUAACCCAUAUAGCAAUAACUGCUUGAGGCCAGGGAGAAGAGAGCAUAUUUUUCUUUCUUUUGCGAAGCCCAUUAAAGGUAGCUGGGAAAUUGUAUGGUACCAUGUUGUUAAAAAGCUUGAGCUGAAGCUGCUGAAGUAGCAGAGUUGUUAACAAUUCAGUGAAGCAUCUCCUUAACAAAUUCAUCCAACUACCCCAUUUUGUUUGCAGUCCUGUGUGUGUGGGGGG